GCGUAAGCAGGCAAAAUAUAUUUUCUUUUUCUCGUAAAAAUUAAAAAAAAUGACGGAAGACUGGUUUACGCUGCAACCCUUUGAAGGGAAACAAGACCGAAAGAAAACUGACAGCAAGCUUCUGGGAAAAUGUUUAUUACCUCCGUAUUUUUCGGAAAUUCAACAGAAAAUUUUUGAUUUUUCUGUUCGUGAGGACGACGUUUGGUUAAUUAGUUUUCCCAGGACUGGUUCUACAUGGUGUCAAGAAAUGAUAUGGCUAAUUCAAAAUAACCUGAAUUUUCAAUCCGCCCAAACCAUUAUCCAGCAACUGCGAGCUCCCCUUAUAGAGUCUUCAGUGGUGCUAUUCGAACACGUCGAUUCCGUUAAAGACGACAGUAAUCGUGACGUACCGAGAUUUUCCAGGAUAAAUUUACCGUUGGAUUUACUGCCGCCGGAACUGGAAAAUGCGAAAACCCAAUUGGAAAAAUUGUUUACCGACCCGGUGGGGUUCGUCCAAGAACUUCCAUCUCCGAGGUGCAUUAAGAGUCAUUUACCAAUAGAACUGUUGCCGGAUGAGAUUUUUACCAAAAAACCCAAGAUAAUUUAUACAAUGAGAGAACCAAAAGACCUCUGCAUCUCCGACUACUUUCACUGCCAAACGAUCCACAAAAUGAACAUGAGUUUCGAAACGUUUUGUGACCUAUUUAUGAACGGUGAUGUGCCAAUAGGAUCGGUUUUUAAUCACUAUCAGGGAUUCUGGAGCAAAAAGGACGACCUGGACAUUUUAAUCCUGCAUUAUGAAGAAAUGAAGGCAAACACCCGGGAAACUGUUAAGAAAAUCGCCACAUUCUUGGGAAAACCUUUGUCUGACGAAGACGCGGAUGCGGUGUGCGAGUUUUUGAGUUUCCAGAAUAUGAGGGCGAAUAAAGCAUGUAACUUACAGGUUCUGGUGGAUAAUAGGCAAGGUAGUAAUUUUUAUGAAAAAUCUGGAAAGCACUUUAUCAGAAAAGGCAUCGUGGGGGACUACAAAAACUAUAUGUCUUUGGAAAUGAUUGAAAAAUUCGACCAAUGGAUCAGUAAAAACACUAAAGGAACCGACUUAAUAGUGUCAUAUAUGCAUUUAACCAUUGGUGAAUCCAGAGGAAAUGCUGUAUUGGCUCGCGCGAUUUAUGCUGAACGUUUUCCCAAUCGAAUGGUCCCCGAGAGAAGAUUUUUUCUUAAGGUCGACAGGAGUCUACGUGAGAGAGGACAAUUACAAGUAAACCCAGGCAUAAGAGUUCGUGCAAGACCUAUUCGUGAUAAUGUUGAGGAGGAAAAACUUCAUAAUAUUGACGAGGAGGACCCAAAUACAAAUCGAUUUACUUACAAUCGAUCGCGUAUAAUAAUGGUAAUCGAUACGAUGGAAACGGUCGAAAACGCGCGAUUAGAUGGAAUUUUGCGAAAAUAUUUCACGAAUAAAUUUCGAAAGGGUUACGUCGAGGUGGACGGGGUUACGAUGCCGGCGAGGUACCGCGACAUGCAGGAGGAAAUUUUCAAUUGGAGUGUCAGUGAGGAGGACGUGUGGAUUUGUAGUUUUCCUAAAACUGGUACGACAUGGGCCCAAGAGAUGGUCUGGAUGAUUAUGAACAACCUGGAUUUCAAAGGUGCCGAAGUCAAUUUGGGCAUACGAUCGCCAUUUUUGGAGGUGUCAUCCUUAUUUGACUUCCGGGACCUCAUGAAGGAAAUUCCUGGAUUCGAACCCCCGAUAUUCCUAAAGGACUCUUUGCAGUUUGUGAAGAAUCAAAGCAGCCCCGUUUGCAUAAAGACCCAUUUACCAUGGAAUUUAUUACCAAAGGAAAUUCAAAGUGGAGAUAAAACACCUAAGAUUAUUUAUACGUGCAGAGACCCAAAGGACACAUGCUACUCCUACUACCACCACUCAAAACUUAUGGAAGGUUACACAGGCAACUUCAACGAUUUUUGCAAGUUAUUUUUAGCAGGAAAAUUAUCAUUUGCCCCCUAUUGGAACAACGUACUGCACUACUGGAACCAUCGAAAUGACAGCAACGUAUUAUUCUUGACUUACGAGGAAAUGAAGACGGACUUACCCUCGGUUAUACGUAAAACAGCGAAAUUUUUAGAGAAAGAUUUAGACGAGGAACAAAUCCAAAUGCUAAAGAAGCAUUUAAGCUUUGAAAGCAUGAAAAACAACCCGGCGGUGAACUAUGAAUUAGUGAGGGAAAUGUAUAAGAAAUAUAAACUAAUUAAUUAUGAGGGUGAGUUUAUGAGGUCAGGAUCAAUAGGAGGAUAUAAGGCCGCUAUGGGGCCCGAGCUGCUUGACCAGUUUGACCGAUGGAUAAAAACACAUACAAAAAAUACAGAUUUUAAUUUUUAUGUAUAAUUGUGUGACUAAUUUUAAGGAUCUUUUUAUAGCACACUAUCCUAUUGUUAAUAUCUCAUAAUGAAAUGAGCUUCGCAUGUGUAUGAUUAUUACAUUUUAUUAGAUAUUGACCUUUACUUAACUAAUCCAUUUAUUGCUUUAAAUUUAGGUUGUGUCGAUACGCAUUCGCUUAUCAUUGUUAAACUCUAUUCGGGAGUUGUUGAUGGAUGGUUAUUAAAUUAAAGAAAGACGCAAAA